GAUCUUCCCAUAACUUUUUCUAGCCGCCGCUCUCCUCCUAUACCCAGAAAGAAGAGACCGGGAAGAAGGUAAAAUCGCAAGACCCGUAUUCACUCGACCCGCUAACCCGUGAAAUUUCUAAACCCCUUGAGCCGCGACAUUCUUCAUCUUCUUCAUGCCCACAACCUGAGCAUUAACAAUUGAUAUUGUCUGUUAGACCUUGUGUUUAAAAUAGAGAGAUAUGCCUCGCACAACAACAAUAGAGUGUCCGGGAUGUCCUCCGAUUCGAACCCUUACUUUUGAUUCACUUGGUCUUAUCAAAGUUGUCGAAGCUCGCAAUAAGGAAGGUGGAGGAGUUCCUAAGGUGGUUGAGAAGUGGGGCGAGCCGGAUUCCUCAAAGUGUGUUCUUGCCGCCUCUAUCAAUGAUAGAAAAUUCAACCCUCUAUUGGCAGUUGCAAGGAAAAAUGGCCUGGUAGAGGUGCUUAGUCCUCUCACAGGUGAUCCUUUCUUUUCUAUUCCUAAUGAUGGUUCACCCGAAGAUGAUGCAGUUGUUGGUUUGCAUUUGUUCAAAAAGAAGACAGAAUCCUCGAAAAGGUCAUGCACUUUGCUUAGGUGCACAACAAAUGGGCAUGCAAAUAUCAGCACUUAUAAAAUUCCAAAAUCAGCCAAAAAAACUGUUUCUUGCACUUCAACAGCAUCUUGGGAUGUGUGUGCUUCAGGAUCUAUUUUAUGCUCAAAGGUUGACCCGACUGAAAACUAUGCUUUAUUUGGCGGGAAGAGAGUUGAAGUUAAUCUUUGGGAUCUAGACAAGCAAGAUAAAGUUUGGGCAUCAAAACCGCCUCCUAAAGACAGCCUUGGGAUAUUCACUCCAACGUGGUUUACCUCUGCAACGUUUAUAAGCAAUGACGAUCAUCGUAAAUUUGCUGCUGGUACUAACAACAGUCAGGUUCAUAUCUAUGAUAUUUCAGCACAGAGAAGGCCUGUUCUGACAUAUAAGUUUCGAGAAACACCCAUUAAAGCCCUUACUGAGGAUCUGGAUGGCAACACCAUUUAUUUAGGGAAUGGUUCGGGUGACCUAGCUUCUAUUGAUACACGCACUGGAAAACUCUUGGGAUGUUUUCUGGGUAAAUGUUCUGGAAGCAUAAGGUCCAUAGCUCGGCAUCCAGAGCUCCCUGUCAUUGCAUCAUGCGGACUCGAUAGCUAUGUGCGCUUCUGGGAUGUAAACUCACGGCAAUUGAUAUCUGCUGUUUUCUUAAAGCAGCACCUCAAUAGCGUUGUAUUUGAUUCUAACUUUACCCUAGAAGAUAUCACUCAGACUAAGACGGAUGAGGUUCUUUUAAACGAUGAACAAGGUAAUGUUGACGAUAUGGAUGAAGAAUCGCCUGUAGUAGUGAAAAGGAAGAAAUCCUCCAAGGAACACAAACCAAGCAAGGAACACAAAUCCAAGAAGAAAAGUAAACUAGAAGAAGCCUGAUUUUGGUGGUUAACUAAAUUUAUAUGUUAUUUAUUAAAUUAGAGAUUUAUAAAUUUUGACAGUUUAUUUACUAAAUUUUGAUUUUGUAUUAUUUGUGCUAAAUUAAAUUUUCCAUAGACUUUUUCUGGCAAAAAUUUAUCCAUAUUAACAUUUUAUCUUUGUUCUC